AUGGACCAGUUUAUGAGCUACGUUAUGGGCACGGGCACAGAACGUGCCGAGCUGCUGCGGUUGCUCCGUGAAAAACACAAGGAAUAUGACAUGUCUAUUGAAAACCCGCAAACUUCGCAACAAGUGAUAGAAUCCGACGUUGGAUCGAUCAAAGUAGAGCCAGAGUCACAAAUACACCCGCUGUUUGCACAAAACCUCCCGGAAAAGCUACAAAGCACAGAUCUCCACGCCCAGCUGGAAAACGGAACUAUAAACUUGGCGGACCUGGACGAGCAAGAUAUGAGGGAUUUGAAGUCGCAGGUUGCCGAGGAGUACGAACGCUUGGCACACCAGUUUGUGGACGCCCGAAUAGCAAAUAUCGACGAGAUGGUGGAAAAAAUCGACCGGGCCAUAGCUUCCACCAAAGACGAGUUCGCAGCCACAAAACAGCAGCUCGACUCCACCACGGCGGACAAUUUCGGUGACCAGCGCGGCGUGCAAGUGCCCGCAUUGGAUCUCGAUCUGUUCUACCCGUACUUUGCAACCAGUUACACCGAAAAAAAACGCAUCCUCGACGAAAUACGGGCCUUUGCCGCCCACAAGCUCGCCACCAUCAACAAGGAGACCGACAUCAACAAGGAGAUCGUGCACAGCCAGUACCACGCCGCUUUGCUGGAAAACAGAGACGCUUUGCAGCAGCAAAUCCGAACGAACCUGGACGAGCUAAACUCGAAGUUUUUCCCCAACGACCCGGACCAGCCAAGCAGCACAGAGAACGAGCUGCGGUCGCGCAAAAAACCGCCCUCGUCUCUGGUCAACCUGGCCGAAAUAGCACACUUCUACGGCGACGAUAACCAGUGA